AUGUCGUCAAAAUCUGACUUUGGGAGCACAGAUAUCGCGAGAAUAUCGCUAGAUCACCAAUAUGAGCUGCCACCUCCGCCACCUCCGGAUAUUGCGACUGCAGGGAUAGUCGCAGUGGACAUCACAGAUAAAUUCGCACAAGCUGUCAAGACUCUCGCACCCGGUCAACUUGUUAAAGAUGGGGGAUUUACCCUGUUCGAGUCAGUUUCAGGGCUUGAGAUUAUGGAUCCUAAAAUGGAUAGCGGCUGUGUUGAAUCAGCAGAGGAGCUUGAAGAGCUCUACGAUGUUGCGCGGCCACUGCUCCCAGAAGAGGUGCUGGGGAUUAUAGACCAGCUUCUCUGUCAUGAGAUGGCGUGGCAUCAGGGAUAUCCUCUUUCGCAGACUCUUUUCACCAGUGUAUACGCUGAGGCACUCCUGACACCCACCCCACGAACUGUCGAGGACGCUCAUUUCAUUCGAAAUGGCUCAUCUGAUCCUUCUGGACAAUCUGACAUGCUUAUAAUAUUGAGAGCGUACUGUCUUGGUCUGCUCAAAGCUUGCGGUUAUGUAAACGAACGGAUUAGAUCAGAACACUACUAUGAAGAGGAAGAUUUCGUGACAAACACAUAUAGUCGCACCCUGCUUGCUGAGAUACAACCCCAGGCUAUCCGGCAGGCUAUCCAAGAAGCAAGAGACCUACUCAGCACAUUAUCUACCGGCGUCAGCGAUGGUCUUCGGGAAGCACUUGACCAACGACUGCAGCUAAGGUUGUACUUUCUGGAUGCCACAGAAUGCCCCAAAUACGUGAAAGAGCCCGAUGUUGCGCGAAAGCCAUGGCUUGAAGGACUCAAGGUUCUUCCAGCCAUCAAGUCAUCUCACACCCUGGGAAAACCAGUCGACGAGGCCUUUAGUGCCAAACUUCAACGAAAGCUUGCUAGCACUAUGCCCCCUAGACCGAUUGUGCAGUUGAAAUUCGAGGAUGCAUAUGGCCAUCUUUCAAGACUGUUCACGGAUGGUGUUGAAUUGAUUGAUGUACUAAACUAUACGGACUCACAAUGUCUACAAAACUUUGUCUUGCAAUUUCAAGCCAAGAAGCCUCAACCGCUAGUUUUCGUGCGGACUCUACUUCAGACUUUCCUUUUUAACGAGAUGGAAGUUCUGGGAUCAAUGAGCAUCCGGCAGAUCAUGGAUAAUGACUUUUCUAUCGUGUCGAUGCCGGCCAGCGCCCAACUUGAUCGAAACAACGACGAGAUCGAAUUCCCCCAAGAUCCGCGAUUCAUUGUUGCGCAACAAAUGGAACAGUUUCGACAAAGAGCGGCUCAAUCAUUUCUCGAUAUCUUCAGAACCUUUUGUCAGAACAGGUGUCGUGUGCGGCGCACGCUCUGCCAUAUCAUCAGGGACUGGGAUAAUCUCCAGCUCGAUGCUGAAGAAAUCGAUCAAAUUAUCCAGGUCAAGUUAAACGAGAAGCCAAUGAGGCAAUUCACGGGAGCAAAUUCUCAACCAAUCGACUCCUACUCCCUCCCACUAUCGUCCUGGACGUACUUAUACAAGAUUCGCCAGAUGGAAUGGAUUGUACAGCUCGGUUUCGAGCUAGAAGUCUAUCAGCCAGACGAACUUGCCGGUAUGUAUUGGUAUUUGAACUACCUCGCCAAAUGGAGAGUUCAGCAUACAGAAAGGCUCAAGUCCUUCAUUGUUCGAAGAGUCGAGGAAUCUCGCGAACCUUCUCAACCGCGAAACCCUUCAGUUGAUCGCCAACUUGAGCGAUCUCUUGCCUUUAUCCGACUUAUGCUUCUCGAUGCCGCUGUUACAUGGGAAUUGUCAGAUGCGCUGUCAUGUCUUUACACAGCUCUCAUGCGGCUUGAGUUGGUCAAGGUGCCGCCGCGACCUUACAGUAACGACGAAUUCCGCUUUGAGCUGCGGAUGAGACCGUUCGCCGUGAUUGGUUUGCCGCCUUGCCCGGGCUUUCAAGAAUUUAAUCUUGGAACCACGCAACCAGAAUCGUCCACGGUGGAUAUUCUUCAAUAUGCAGAAAGAGCUCUGAAGGGUGCAAAGCAGGGGCUUGAGGUUCUGAGCAAGUUGUCCGCGGCAGAUUCGUUCUCAGUUGGUUCUCACGAUAAAUGGCAGACUUCAAAGAAGAACGCGCUCAAAGCUUGUAUUGCAACAGGGCUCGCGAUUACGGCCGCACUGAAGGCAUCAAAGGAAGAUGCGAGUAAUCUGAAGCUCAGAGCUGAGGUACCAACUCCUGAUAAGUGCUAUCAUGACUGGUGGAUUGUCCCUCGUCUGGUUCCUGUCUGA